AUUUUUAUUGCUGUGAAUCAAAACACAUAUCUGUAUUUUAUUGACAGCAAAAGUAAAUAAAUAUACUUUAUAAUUCACGGGCCAUUAAAUUAGCAGCAGAAGAGAAAACAAUAUAAACGGAGAGUUAAAUUCAUUAACUACCAUAAGCUAAGAAAAUAUGGCAUUUAUAUAUUUAGACAAGGAACUUCUACUCAAAACAAAUGUGGAAAAGUGCUUAGAAAUCAAACAAUUGAUUUCACAAAAAUUUGGCUUGUCAUCAAAUGAAAUAUAUCUCGAAAAAGAUGGACGUCGACUCUCAGCUGAUGUCAAUAUUUCUGGUGUGGCACAAUGUCGGGUACGGGUUUUAGGUGGCAAAGGCGGAUUUGGUUCUAUGCUACGUGCCAUUGGUGCACAAAUAGAAAAGACAACAAACAGGGAAGCGUGUCGAGACCUUAGCGGGCGCCGUUUACGUGACAUCAAUGAAGAAAAGCGCCUUAAAGCUGUUUUGGAGAAAAUGGGAGACUUAGAACGAGAAUCUCAGGAGCGAAAAAAACGGAAAAUUGAAAAACUAUUAUCAGUUCCCAAGCAUGAUUUUAAAGAUGAAGAGUAUGAAGAGGCUAGAGCGAAAUUAGAGGAUAAAGUAAACAGCGCGGUAGAGGAGGGACUUAAGAAGAGUGAGGAUAAACCAGGAACUAGUACAGAAUCGCUGAAACGUAAGCACACAAAAUCAAACGUCGCAGAUCCCAAAAGGAAGAAAAAUGCUCUAUGGAUUGACGACGAUCUUUUAAACUCUGAUGAGAGUAGCAGUGACAAUUCUUCUGAUGAAUCUACGUUACAGAAAGUAAUAGCCAUUAAAGAAGUUGAUGAAAAAUCGAACAAGAUCAAACAAAAUCCAGGAAAAUAAUAGGAAGUUAGCUUAUUUUGGUAAUGACUAUUAACGUCUAACUCGUUCCUAUUUAGAACAAUUUUGAAUAAAAAAAAUAUAUAUUCAGGGAAUAUAAUACUAUAGUUUUAUAUUUGAAUUAUAAUUAUAGUUUAA